GCCCCUCCCGCCGGCGCCCGCCGCUCUCCGGGCUAGCCGCGCGGGCCUGGGGACUCAGAGCCCACCGCCGGGGUCGCAGCAUGGGGCGCUUUCGCGGGGGCCUGCGGUGCAUCAAGUACCUGCUGCUGGGCUUCAACCUGCUCUUCUGGCUGGCUGGGUCAGCUGUCAUUGCGUUUGGACUUUGGUUUCGGUUUGGAGGCACCAUAAAGGAUUUAUCUUCAGAGGACAAGUCCCCAGAAUAUUUCUAUGUGGGGCUCUAUGUACUGGUUGGAGCCGGGGCCCUGAUGAUGGCCGUGGGGUUCUUCGGGUGCUGUGGAGCCAUGCGGGAGUCACAGUGUGUUCUCGGAUCAUUUUUUACCUGCCUACUGGUGAUAUUUGCUGCUGAAGUAACCACCGGAGUAUUUGCUUUUAUAGGCAAGGAUGUAGCUAUACGACAUGUACAGACCAUGUAUGAAGAGGCGUACAGUGAUUACCUUAAAGACAGGGGACAGGGAAAUGGGACUCUUGUCACCUUCCACUCAGCAUUUCAGUGCUGUGGAAAAGAAAGUUCUGAACAGGUCCAACCCACAUGCCCAAAGGAGCUUCUAGGCCACAAGAAUUGCAUCGACAAAAUUGAAACCUUAAUUAGUGUUAAGCUUCAGCUCAUCGGAAUUGUCGGUAUUGGAAUUGCAGGUCUCACGAUCUUUGGCAUGAUAUUCAGCAUGGUGCUCUGCUGUGCAAUACGAAACUCACGAGAUGUGAUUUGAGGCUGCUUCAUCAUGAGAAUCACAGUCUGGAGCAUUUAUACUAAAUGUCACAGAGCUGUCUCAGCUCAUUUUGAAUAUUCAGGACAUUAGGAUUUAAAGUAGUUUGCUGUCAGUUGUACAUUUGCACAUAUAUGUAUGUAUGUGUGGCUCUUUAUUGGUUUGCCCCUUGAGUGAAUGUGUAUGUUGACCGAGAACAUAUUCACGUGUGGCCUGUGUGUUUCUGGCAAUGCAGUCUACAUGAUGAUAUCUGUUUUUUGGGAAUCCCUAGUUCUUGAUAAGAGGAAUAACCUAUUUAAAUACCAGGGG